CUCCCGUUCAGUGCGCACGCGAAGCCUUAUUACGCUCACAACGACAAACGACCGCGUCCGGCUGAAAGCGAGCGGCCAGUCGGUGUUUUGUUGUUGUGUGUCAUCUUAGCAGAAGAGAGUAAAACACGCGAAGAGUUUUUUGCGGGGCAAUUUUUCAAAGAGAGCAUGAAGCUCUUUACUUUGGUGAAGGUCGCCUACGCUAUGUUGAUAAUCACCCUGCUGUUGAUGAUGUGGGCAUCCGUGGUGAGGAUGCACGAGCUACCGGUUCAAUAUCCGCCGUGCUUCUUCAAUCCGCUCUGCACCUGCUCGAAAGCCAUACCGGAUCUCGGCAUAGUCGCGUGUUACAAUGUGCCGAUGCCGCGAAUACCGCAGCCAAUUAAUUCGUCCAAGGUGUUCAUGCUGCAACUGGAAAACAACGGGCUCAGAUUUCUGCAGCCCCAAUAUCUCAUGAACACCGGUCUCUAUAAGCUACAGAUCAAGCAUAAUCCCCUGGCAGACAUUCCGGAUGAAGCCUUUCUAGGUCUCGAGAGAUCGUUGUGGGAGCUUGACUUAUCCUACAAUCAACUCGCGAACGUGCCGAGCAAGUCGUUCAGACACUUGCAGAAAUUGCGACUUCUCGAACUCACGGGCAACAAGAUAUCCCGCGUGUCACCGGAGAACUGGCGCGGCUUGGAAAACUCUCUUCAGACUUUGCGUCUGGGUCGCAACGCGAUCGAGAAGUUGCCAGCCGACGCGUUCGCCGGUCUCACGUAUCUGGAGAUCCUUGAUCUUCGGGAGAACAGUCUGAAGGAGAUCGAUCCGUCGGUGUUCAGAGACGGAAUGGCUCACCUGACGCACCUCUAUCUGAACGAUAAUCAGCUAACGCACGUGCCAUACGCCCAACUGUCUCUGCUGAAGCGCAUGAAGGUUCUCGAUCUCAGUUACAACAGGAUAUCGAAAAUGCUGCAGACUCAGCAGGAGCCGGAGAUCAGGGGCGUGCAGAUGUCCCUUGAUGUGUUGCAGCUUGAUUACAAUCAGAUCGAGAACCUGUCCGCCGGUGAUUUUCAGCACUUCUUCAAAGUCAAUCGCACAUACUUCAGAGGCAAUCCUCUGACGAUAAUCGAGGAGGAAACUUUCCGAAACUCGCGCAUUCGCGAGCUGUACCUGAGCGAUUGCGAUCUGCUGGAGAUAAGCUCGGCCAAUUUAGCCGGUCUGGAAUCAUCGCUCGAGCUAUUGGACGUCUCGGGAAACAACAUAACUAUGCUACCGAGCCAUCUGUUCCAAGAGUUCGAUUUCUUGCGCACGCUCGUCUUCCGCGAGAAUCGUAUCGACACAUUUUCGCCAAUCGAAGUCUUCAACGGUUUCCAGUAUUCGUUGUACACCUUGGAUCUCAGCGGCAGACAGAACGGCGUUAUUUCUCUUCAGGAUCUACGACAAAUGAGAAACUUGCGUUUUCUCUCGAUCUCCCGAAUGCCGCAGGCGACUUUGUCAGCGGACAAUUUCAUCGAGUUCGGCAUGGACAUCAAGGAGUUGCGAAUAACACACAGUAAUCUGAACAACAUCAAAAAUCACGCCUUCAUGCACGUACGCGGAAUCAAGUAUCUCGAUUUCUCCGAAAAUUCGAUAUCGACGAUAGAAGACGAAGCUUUCUCAGAGGUGGGUCACUCUUUGUUGACGUUGAGGAUAUCACACGGUCUUUCCUCCUCAAUUUCCGAGAUACCAAGUCGAUCGUUCAAAUCCCUGACGAAUCUGCAACAUCUUGACUUCAGCAAUAACAGAAUUCGAUCUUUACCCGCCACGUCGUUCCACUUUCUGAAAAGGAUCAAGCGUAUCGAGCUCCAGGAUAACGAAAUCGACAGUAUACCGAAGGGUACCUUCCAGGGUGAUAUACACUCGACCCUGGAAGAAGUCAAUUUUGCGUUCAAUCAAGUGAAAAAUCUGCAAACGCACACGUUCGUCGAUUUGUCGUCUCUGAUGACAAUCAAUCUAGAGGACAAUGCCAUCAACAGAAUCGAGAGACGGGCUUUUAUGAAUAUGAACCGACUUAAGUACAUCAACUUGCGUGGCAACAAGAUUAAGGACAUCACCGAUGAAGCCUUUCAAAAUCUACCGGAUCUUGAGUUUCUCGAUCUCGCGUAUAACGACCUCAACGAGUUCGAUUUCGCCUCAUUCGACCAAGUAGGAACUCUGUCGUCAUUCAAAGUUAACGUCAGCCACAACGAGAUCCCGAGAUUGUGGAUCAACAGCACUUCUUUUCCACCAGUGACAGCCAUUAGCGGCAAUAUUCAGUCGAACAUCAAAGUUUUGGAUUUGAGUUACAACAACAUUUCCGACAUUAUGAAGUAUUACUUCAAACCGGUCGAGUUCUCGCUCACCCAUUUAUAUCUGUCGAACAAUGAACUGAGGAACAUCACUCAGUAUCUCUUCGGUAACAUGCCGCAUUUGCAAUGGCUUGAUCUGAGUCGCAACGAUCUGCUGGAGUUGGACUUCGACUGCUUCAAGAACACAAAGAACCUGCAAGUGCUGCUUCUGUCUUGGAACGAUAUCACGGACAUCCCGCCGGAAGUAUUUAGACCGUUGAAGAAGCUGCGUAUUGUAGAUUUGUCUCACAACAAGCUGAGAACACUGCCAGACAACAUAUUCAUCGACUCUAACAUAGAAAGUCUCGAUCUGUCGCACAAUCAAUUUACGAGAUUGCCUAUCAAGAGCAUGUCGUUAUCUUCUGCCGCGAAUUUGGCGAAUCUGGACUUGUCCUGGAACAGCUUGUCAGGCAUCCACAACACAGAUACAAUUUUCAGACUCAGAAGUCUCGUGUGGCUAGAUCUGUCGUACAAUCGACUUGUCAGACUGGAUGACGGUGUGUUUUCUGAUUUACCGUACUUAGCUCAUCUCGAUCUCAGUCACAACAAGCAACUUAUUCUGGAUAGUCGUGGAAGAACCUUUUACGGUUUGGAGGACACUCUUCUGAGUCUCAGUCUGAGCAAUAUUUCUCUCUUGAGCGUUCCGGAAUUACCUCUCAGACGACUGCAAACCCUGUAUUUGGCGCAUAACGAGCUGGCGUCAAUACCCGCCGAAAUGUCGUCAAAUCUUACGUCUCUUCACUAUUUAGAUUUAAGUUUCAACGAUUUGACUGUGGUCCCAUUGAUCACUCAUACGCUGCCAGAAUUGAAGACCUUCAACUUAGCGGAUAAUCCUAUAACCGCCAUCACGAAUACGAGUUUCCUGGGCGUGGCCGAUAGUCUCGAGGAGUUGGACAUACGUAGACUCACUCUGUCGAUCUUCGAAGCGGGCGCGCUCUGCAAAGCCACCAAGCUCCGAAAGCUGCACAUCACCGCGUACAACGGUGUGAAGAACUUCAAUUUUCCCAAUAUCUUAAAUUACAAUCACGGACUGAAACACUUGCUUAUUGAUGUUCAAAAUGACACCGAUCUGCAGAAAGAAAUGAAGGGCAAGUUACCCUGCAAGUUAUACAAUAUUACGUUAACCGGUCGAAAUUUGAGAAAUAUACAUUCGGAAAUACUGCGCGGCAUGCGAAAUCCACAUCUUCACUUCGGAUUGUACAAUACCAGCGUGACGACCGUGCCGCAGGAAGUGUUCACUAACGCUCAUCGGGUGCGCAACAUAACGGUGGAGAUUCGCAACAGCGACACUCGAACGUUGCACAAUCCGUCGUCCGGUUACAAACCGGGAGUGCCGGGCGAACGUUUCCUGAUGAAGCUCCGAUUAGCGGGCAGUUACAUCAAUUGCGAUUGCGACAUCGGAUGGGUCGAGGUAUGGCAGAGAAAACACAGACAAUAUCAGGAGGAUCGAUGCAACUCUUACGAGGAAUUCAAGAACUUUGAGCGCGAGGAGGACGACGAGUUCAGUUGCUGGGACAACGGCUGGGACGACGAUCUUCGCGAGACGUUCUGCUUGAACAAGAACAAUUUAUCGCUGUCGAACGCGUUGAAGGAGGAUCUUGAAUGCGGAUGGAGCGCGGCGAGUCACGUCUCAGUAUCAAACACUUAUAUUCUGCUGUUGUUCUUGAUUGCUCUGUUUGACAUUUAUUAAGCGCUUUCGCAACUUUACUCUCUAAUGUCCUCGAAUUUGUGUGAAUCUCUCUCACAUCGAAGGGAAUAGUACAUAUAUAUAUAUACAUAUAGUUACUUUGCUACAAAAUAACAACUUGGUUGUCAUUUAUAUGCUCAUACACAAUGUUUGUACAAAAGAAAGACUAAUUCGAAAUUAAAGAAAAACCUUUUGUAAAGGUGGCGUUAUCAUAACUUUAUUCAGUUU